GUCCGGAGGCGCUUCCAAUAAAAGGAAUCGAAAACCACCCCCAGAGGGCGAGGAAAUUGCUGCAAUUCGCCCAGGCGGGAUUCAAUCAGCAGGGAAAUAAUGCCCAGGCCGGUACCUUCAGUGGCCAGCCAGGCGCGUUCAACGGCCAGACGGGUGCCUUCAAUGGCCAAGCCGGCGCCUUUAACGGCCAAGCCGGUGCCUUCAAUGGCCAACCCGGUGCAUUCAACGGCCAAGGAGGUGCCUUCAGUGGCCAACAAGGCGCUUUCAACGGCCAAGCUGCUGCCUUUAACGGCCAAGCCGGAGCAUUUAACGGCCAAAGCGGUGCAUUCACUGGCCAGCCCGGUGCUUUUAACGGCCAAGCCGGCGCCUUCAAUGGUCAAGCCGGUGGUUUCAACGGUCAAGCGGGUGCGUUCCCCGUUCAAGGGGGAGGAUUUCCCGGACAGCCUGGCUUCUUUCCUGGCUUCAUUGCAGAGCCGCCCGCGGAGCCUCCCACGUUUCUGGACUUUGUCCAGCAGACGAUCCAGGACAUCAGGGACAGGCCCAGGCCCCCGGUGGGAGAGAGGCUGACGAAUUUGGCCAGGGGCGUGGGGUCGGUUGUAGGCGUCGUGGCGGACGUGGCAGACAUCGUUGGCGACUUUGCCAACAAGUGA